AGGUAUCUCGUUCGCCGCUUCCGCUCUCCGGCUGCCUGCCCGUCAUGACGACCCGCUCGCCUGGAGUCACGUGAGCUGGAGCGGCGUGGUCCCCGCGGGAGGGGUUGCUAGGUGACGGCAGCUCCUCGUCCUCGCCGGGGAAAGGGUCACGUCCACCACCGUUUUUUUAAAGCUCUGAUGACUUAACUCGGCCCUGGACCCGGGCGACUGCUGCGUUUGAAGGAGCCCAGCCUCAAGAGCAGGACCUUGAAGUCGUAUGACCUACGUGUAGAGCUUUUCCUCAUUCCCGGAUCUGGCUCCUGGUUGUUACAGGGACCCCUUUGGCUCACCGAGGGAUCGGAUGACGCAGAGCCCGGUUCCUACCUGACAAGGUGGUUGUGCCGUUUUUCCAGCUCAGGAUGGACUUCUUGGUCCUCUUCCUCCUUUACGUGCUCCUGGUCCUGCUCAGCAUCUUCCUUGUCUGUGUCUGUUCUGGAAGGAAGCAGAGCUUGCCCUCAAGGGCUUUCACUUGUGUAAGCCGGGUGAUUUCACGCAUCAUCCCAUCCCAAAUCCAAGGAGUUGCACACAGCCUGCUCCACAAAUUCUUCCAUACUCGCAACUGCACGUUUGUCGUCUUGCACUUGAUCUUAGAAGCCUUGGUUUAUGGCGAGUACACCUGGGAGGUGUUCGGCUACUGCAGGGAACUGGAGUUCAGUGGGUUCUUCCUCCUUUUGCCUUACUUCCUGCUCUUGGUGAACGUGGGGUUCUUUAUUCUCUGCUCCAAGACUGACCCCGGAACUAUAACGCAACACAACCAGGCUGUGUUUGUCCAUGCCUACCCCUACGAUGGCAUGAUGUUUGAAAAGGGUGUCGAGUGUGCCACCUGCAAAGUGAGGAAACCUGCCAGGUCUAAGCACUGUGGCGUGUGCAACUGCUGCGUGCAUCGUUUCGACCACCACUGCGUUUGGGUCAACAAUUGCAUUGGCGCCUUCAACACCAGGUACUUCCUCAUCUACCUUCUCACCCUGACCUCCAUGGCCGCUUCCAUCACCAUCAUCACCGGUGCUUUCCUCAUCCAAGUCGUCAUUCUGUCAAGCCUGAUGCAGGGGCAUUACACGGACGGGGAAGGACAGGAGCACCCGGUUGAUGCCUUCUUCCUCAUUCAGCACCUUUUUCUGACCUUCCCCAGGAUUGUGUUCAUGCUUGGGUUUGUCCUCGUCCUCUCGCUCAUCCUGGCCUCCUACCUCUGCUUUACCUCCUACCUGGUCUUGACAAAUCAGACAAGUAAUGAGUGGUUUAAGUCAAGAAGAGGGACCGGUCCAUAUGCUCAACAGGGCAACAAACAGAACAGCUACAAAAAUAUCUACUCCAGAGGGGUCUGGAGGAACCUAAGAGAAAUUGUGAAGCCUCUUACGAGCCCUGCCAAAAAGCGAAGGUGAGUCCCCUGUCCCACCGGUGGCUUGAGGAGCUUUGCUCUCACGGACCUGGGCAAGGCGCCCCAGGAUUUCAGGUUAUGUCUGGCAAAGGAGUUCCCCCUGUCGCUAUCAUACCUGUCUUCCACCACCCCCUCUCUGUUGUGCGUUAGCCCACAAAGCCUCCUCAUUUCACAGAGAACUUGCAGACUGGAAAUUCAGAUAGAUGGAUUUUCAGAUACAGGCGUGUCAGUUUCUAGCUACUGCUAGAUGCCAGCUCUCUUCAGCCCCAGCCAGUGGUCGGGGAUACUGGAAGCUGUUGUCCAGCUGGCCAGCUGCCGCUCUUCUGCUUCCAUGGGAGUACAAGAAACAAGGACCUUCAAGACUAGCUUGAAGGCAUGGCCUGGACAGGCAGGCCUUCCCUUCCCUACAGCCAUGACCUAGCCUAUCUUCCUUUUCCUUUUUCCUCUCUUU